UAUAUAUAUAUAUAUGUAGGUAAGCUCCUCUUGAAGCAAAAGAUAUCUCUUUAGCUUUAACAGUUUGUCAAUCAAUUUCAAUUUUAUUACCAUGGCUUGUUAUCCCUUUCAACAAAAUGGGUUUUCGACAUCAUAUUCAGAUUCACCUCCAACUCAUUACACUCUAAAAAUCAGGAAGUUUUCAUUGCUAACCAAAAAUUUAGAGGACGAAUAUGAGUCGGGAGAAUUUGAAGCUGGAGGAUACAAAUGGAAACUAGUGCUCUACCCGAAUGGAAACAAGAAGAAAAAUGUGGAAGGCCACAUCUCUGUUUACUUGGAAAUGGUUGGAGCUGAUUCACUUCAGACUGGAUGCGAAGUAUAUGUUGAUUUCAGGUUCUUUUUGCUUGAUCAGAAUAAAGGCAUGUUCCUGGUUCUUCAAGAUACUAAUAAAAAGGAAAAAGUUUUGCAUGCAAUGAUGCGUUAUUCGGGAUUUGAUAAGCUUAUCACUCUUACAUCGUUUACUAAUCCUUCCAACGGAUAUGUCAUUGAUGAUAAUUGUGUGAUUGGAGCUGAGGUCUUUGUUUGUAAAGAAAGAAGAGCUGGCAAAGGAGAGUCAAUCUCGAAGAUCAAGGAUGCUGUUAAGUGCAAGCAUGUUUGGAAGGUUGAGAACUUUUCAAAGUUAGGUACUGAGUGCUGCAAAUCAGAACCAUUCACUGCUGGAGAAUGGAAAUGGAAGAUACUGCUCUAUCCCGAGGGAAUUGGCGAGGGAAAGGGUACUCAUAUUUCUCUUUUCUUGAAAUUGGAUGAUCCGAAAAAAGUUCCUGGUUCCAAAGUAUUUGCAGAGUGUUCCAUGCGCAUUGUAGAUCAAAUGCAUGCCAAACAUGAGUGGUUUAUAGAUGAUCACUGUGUGUUUGGGGAGCGGACGUCUUUGUUUGUAAAGAAAGAAGAACAGGAAAUGGAGUGUCUAUCAAUGGUCAAGAAUGCAUGCAUGAGUUUAAAGAAGAUGGUCACUGGUUUAGUGCCUUUAUUCCGGAUUGGGGCUGGUCUACAUUCCUUAAAUUGGACACUUUCAAUCAGGCAAGCAAGGGGUUUCUCGUGAAGGAUACUUGCAUAGUGGAGGCAAAGGUCACUGUCCAUGUGAUUGCGGAAGCACUAUAGUCAGCUUGUGUUAGGUUUCAGAUAUUGUUAAAAUGAUGUUAAUUGACUUAUGAAUACGAAUGAAGAUCUGCGUCCAUGAUAUGAUUUGUACUAAAAGUGGCGUUCUAUAGACCCUAGAGCUACAGUCCUUUCCCACCAAAUGACUUGUGACUGAAGUGCAUUUUGACAGGACCUAUUUUCUUCAAAAAUUUGUAGUGUGAGAAAUAUGUCGAGUCUUGACCAAUAAAUUUCAAUUAGCA